AUGGUCUCCAAUCCCCAAAUUCAGGCCAGUCAAGGCAAUCAAAACCCUCCGCAUCCAAACCAAACUCCUCAUGUCGAUACCCAAACUCAAACGAACAAGAGCGGAUCAAGGGGUCGGCCCCCAGGUUCUCUGGGAUACAACAUCGCAGAGUGUAUGUUGUUAGUUGAGGCCGUUGAAACCGUUCUCCCCUUGGGAAAUCAAGACUGGCGCUCGGUAGCCGAUCAAUACAACGCCAAAGUUCUUCUUCUAAACCGACCCGAACGUGAGGCCGACAACUUGAAGCAAAAGUUCAAGGGCCUUGCUCAAUCCCAAAAGCCCACUGGCAACGCAACCUGCCCAGAACAUAUUCGCAAGGCGAAACGUGUCGAUGCUCUUAUCAAUGAGAAGGCUAACGAGUGUGCCUUGGGGAGUCUCUCCAGUGGAGAUGAAAGGAACGGUGUAGGCGCUGAUGUUCGUUCAAGCGACGACGACGAUGUCGAUAUAAAUGACUCCCCCGGAACUGGCGAGCUUGAGUCCGGUCAACAGGAAGGUGUCGGUACGUUGUUGUCUGGAUGGAGCCAAACUCAAUCGGCCAACCAGGAUUUGGGUGACUCUCCAAACCCGAGUCAAACACAUUCGAUGCGCCGCCAAACUGCAUAUCACAGCCCUCUGGUGGAUCGGGCCCACUCACAGGCAAGCUCAGCCCGACCGUCCCCAAUGACAAGUGUCAAUCGAAGAUCUAGAGGCCGACCUGGCGAUCAGUUGGAGAGCAGGCUGAAUAGCUUCCUCGAUAUGGAUGCCCGGAAGGAGCAGGAUCGCGAGCAAUCCCUCGCGUCUUUCUAUUCAGCCCAACUGAUGGAGGCAAACGCAACCAUACGAGAUUUGCGAUCUGAGCUCGCUCGAGUGCGCGGUGGGAUCCAAUCAGAUGUUGUUCGGCUCCAGGAGGAAAAGCACCGACUGGAACUUGAGAAUACAUCUUUGAAAUCAAAGAUUGAAGUUUUACAGCUCCGGGCCGAGAUGCAACCAAACGCUGCGUGGGGUCAAAUGCGAUUCAAUCCCGGAUUUGCAAUGCAAUCUCUUCCGGUCUUUGGCACUCAUUAUCAGCAGCAACCACCGAUGGCUUUUAACCCGCAACUCGCGAAUACCUCGGGUUUGACCCAGCAACCACCAAGUGGUUUAAACCAGACGCAGCAUCCAGAUCCGACUGGCAUGAACCAGCCACAACCGACCAGUUUUAACCACCAGACCGCCACUCAGACCAGCUUAAAUCAUCAAGAACCUUCAAUCUUACCUCAGAACCACGUCGGUUUUCAUCCUCAGCAGCAACCCCAAGGUCAACCCCACCUCGGCGGAAUAAGUGAUGGCUUGGAGGCUGAUCCGAAUUUCCCUCAUGCGUGA